AUGGUCAUGAUCGAACCCCAUUAUCUGGUGUCAGACAAACUAAUUAAAAGCAAGAAUACUAACUAUAAACUACUAUACAAGCUACCAGUGAAUAUGUCCGAACUGGAAAAGGUCGAUGCCCGUAUAAGCGAAAUGAGCGAUGCAGAGUCGACGCAGCAACAUGAACAUGCUGUGCAGGUCGAGUUGCCGGUCGCAGGCUCGGAGUUGGAAAAGAUCGAUGCUAGCAUGAGUGACUCAGAAGCGCCGCAACCCCAACUGGAAGAAGCUACGCAGAAGGUGUUCGAUUUAGAAACUGCUGAUGCGAACGAGGUGAUGGAUGAGAUCAUUCGCGUCACGCAAGUCAACUAUGAGUACAUGAAGCAAAGGAUGGCUAACCCGAGUCCAUACGGCCCAAAUGGAGGUAGUAUGACUGAAGAAAUUUUAAAGAAAUAUGAAGAAAAGGAUGCGAUAUUGGACCUAUACUUCGAUAGACUGAAGACGCUGCUGCAAGAGGCUACACCGGGUUUCACGGAACUCCAGAUUCAACAGCGGCAGCUUGCUGCAGCUGUAAAGCUCAACAACAACAUGAUAUUCUUUUAA